AUGCACAGUCCCUGUGAAGAAAAAUUCAACAAUGUACUCGUUAUUUUUUUAUCAAAAAAUGAAAAAAAUAAUAAUAACGAUAUUUCUGAUGAUGAACCAAAGAAAGCAGACUAUUGGUUUCUUGAAGCAAUUGGUUUAGCAUUGAUACCACCUAAUACUGCUGAAAGUACAUGCAGUGAAAUACUGGAUUUACAAACACAAGCUCAUCCAGGCGCCAUUGAAUUCAAUGAUUAUUUAGUGUAA